AGAGACAGGUUUCACGAUUUUGGCCAGGCUGGUCUUGAACUCCUGACCUCAAAUGAUCCACCCACCUUGGCCUCCCAAAGUGCUGGGAUUACAGGCGUAAACCACCACCCCUGGCCUGAGAUACAGUUUACCCAGAGUAAAAUGCAUAGACCUAAAGUAUAUGAGUUUUGACAAAUAAAGAGGUCCGUGGAACCCACACCCAGCACAAGCCUGGGGACACUGCACCACCUCAGAGGGUCCUGGCCUUCUCUAGUCUACAGUGUACUGUGGGUAACAGAAGUUAAUCAGAGAAACGUGCUUUCUCAGCUGGCAGAGAGAAGUUGUGUAUAAGCCUGGGCUCUCCGAUUAGAUCGUUCUCACCAGGGUGCUCUGCAGCCAGGGGGUGCCAGGGAAGAUGCCACAUAGGUGCCCUCUGCCCGGGCCUGGGGGAGGAGGGAGGCCCUGCUGCAGGGGAGGAGGGAGCCACCGUGGCCACCAUGGAGGCUGCCACUCUCCCGGCUCCAGAGCCAUCUUGUCGGGCGUGCUGGUUGUGGGGACAAAAGGCCUUUGUACCCGGGACAACCUCAGCCCUGCUGUAGGGGUGGGAGGAGAGAACGGCCACAUUCCGGGGUGGAGGGUGGGUCACCGGACACAAGGCCUUUCUUUCUGAGCUGCUAGUGCACGUUGGCCUGGCUGGGGACCCUGCUGGGGCCUCUGUGGCCGCUGAGGGCGAUUCCAACCAGCUUCAUGGGCAGUGGCCGAUGGGGCUGGGGACGACUCCUGCUCUGGGGCUAGAGAGAGGGGCUCAGUCUCAGGAAGAGGGGUGGGGCGGUGCGUGGGACUCAGCUACCCUCUGCGGCUGAGGUCUGCCACCAGCCCAGUGCCAGCCCUCGGGGACGGUGCCACACCAGGGCCUGCGGAGUGGUGGUGGAGCUCUCUGGUGGUGGAGGGUUGUCCACAUCCUUCUCCUUUUCCUUCCCUGGUCUACACCUGCCUUUCCCUGGUCUACACCUGCCCAAGGUGUGAAAAAGCCCAGGCUCUCUCUACAGCCUGCGCACAGCGCCAGGCCGCACAGCGCCAGGCCGGGGGAGGGUGCAGUUUGAGGACGGGAGGGGCAGCCUCAGGAUGUUUCCAUCUGGAACUGGGACCUGUGGGCCACCAGAGAACCUAAAAGCAAACAUGUCUGGCCAGCGAUGGGAUUAACUCUGAGUGCGGAAUCAAAACACUUUUUGUUAGUGUGAGCUCACUAGUGAUUUAGGUGAAUGAACACGGUCUUCCCGAGCUGGGAGAGUUUGUCCCUCCCCGCCCUGGGGUCCCUCCUGGAUCUUCCUGCCUUGAUAGCUCUGCAGAAAAUGCUAACAGCCCAAGAAGGUUGUGAAGGGUGUGUGUGUGUGUGUCUGUGUGUGUUUGUGUGUCUGUGUGUGUGUGUCUGUGUGUUUAUGUGUCUGUGUGUGUGUGUGUCUGUGUGUUUGUGUGUUUGCAUCUGUGUAUGUGUUUGUGUUUGUGUGUGUCUAUGUGUGUCUAUAUGUGUUUGUGUGUCUGUGUGUGCGUGUCUGUGUGUGUUUAUGUGUGUUUGCAUCUGUAUGUGUGUGUCUGUGUGUGUCUGUGUUUGUGUGUGUUUGCAUCUGUGUGUAUGUGUGUGUCUGUGUGUUUGUGUGUAUGUGUGUGUCUGUAUGUGUGUCUGUGUGUUUCUGUGUGUUUGCAUCUGUGUGUAUGUGUGUGUUUGCAUCUGUGUGUAUGUGUGUGUUUGUGUGUGUGUUUGCAUCUGUGUGUAUGUGUGUCUGUGUGUUUGUGUGUCUGUGUGUGUCUGUGUUUGUGUGUGUUUGUGUACAUCUGUGUAUAUUUGUGUCUGUGUGUGUUUGUGUUUGUGUCAGUGUGUGUGUGUGUGUAUGUGUAUUGGGAGGGCAGUGGUCCCAGCUCCUCGGGGGCAUCAGGCUCUGUAGCAGGGCCCACCAUCUCAGCAGGAGGGUGCAAUGACCUCACCCACACUGUCCAGGCAGGUCUCUUGGGACCCCUUUUAGCCAGCACAGGUGGCUUCUCCCUAGGCUAAGACAUUAUCUGUCAUGGUGGUGUUUCAGAUGGCAGCAUGGGGAGUGGAGAUUUUGGGGCCGCAGUCUUUCCCGGCCCAAGGUGCCCCAGGGCCUGCCUUAGGAUGUGGGUUCCUGCCAGAAGUGCUUUUUGCUGCCUGGAAUCAUGCAGAAUGUGGGCUCUUCCCCAGUCAACCUGGGAAGCCCCAGUUGGGAGGUGAAGAUGGGUUUAGGGGAUCAUAAAAAGGAAAAACCAAACCAGAUCCCAAUAGAAAUCCCCUGGGGAGUUGGGGUCAUCUUGAACCAAGGGGAGGGAGGAGAGGGGCUGCAGCUGGGGUGAGGAGUAGUGAGAGGGAAAGAGAGUGAAGCCUGCUCACAGGAGUUGCCCGUGGCCCAGGCUUUGGGUGGUGGGCACACAGGUGCCUACAGGUGGAGGCCCAGGCUUUGGGUGGUGGGCACACAGGUGCCAGCAGGUGGAGGCCCAGGCUUUGGGUGGUGGGCACACAGGUGC